GGGCUGCGUGGACCGGCCCGAACUUUCCAGAAGAGUCGCGAGCGGCGCCGCCGAGCGGGAUCUGUGCCCGCAGCCCCCGCCGGCCCCGCAGCCCCCGCCGCAGCCAUGGUGAAGGAGACCACCUACUACGACGUGCUGGGCGUGAAGCCCAACGCGUCCGCCGAGGAGCUGAAGAAGGCCUACCGCAAGCUCGCGCUCAAGUACCACCCGGACAAGAACCCCAACGAGGGCGAGAAGUUCAAGCAGAUCUCCCAGGCCUACGAGGUGCUGUCGGACCCGAAGAAGAGGGAGCUCUAUGACAAAGGAGGCGAGCAGGCCAUCAAGGAGGGCGGCUCCGGCGGCGGCUUCGGGUCUCCCAUGGACAUAUUCGAUAUGUUCUUCGGCGGCGGGGGGAGGAUGCAGAGAGAGAGGCGAGGUAAAAACGUGGUCCACCAGCUGUCAGUAAGUUUAGAAGAUAUGUACAAUGGUGCGAUGAGGAAACUUGCACUGCAGAAAAACGUUAUCUGUGACAAAUGUGAAGGUCGUGGUGGCAAGAAAGGGGCAGUAGAAUGCUGCCCUAAUUGCAGGGGAUCAGGCAUGCAGAUCAGAAUUCACCAGAUCGGGCCAGGAAUGGUGCAGCAAAUCCAGUCUGUGUGCAUGGAGUGUCAGGGGCAUGGAGAGCGCAUCAGCCCCAAGGACCGGUGUAAGAGCUGCAAUGGCAGGAAAAUUGUUAGAGAGAAGAAGAUCCUAGAAGUGCACAUUGACAAAGGAAUGAAAGAUGGUCAGAAAAUAACAUUCCAUGGUGAAGGGGACCAAGAGCCAGGUCUGGAACCCGGGGAUAUUAUUAUUGUAUUGGAUCAAAAAGACCACUCUGUAUUUACAAGACGAGAUGAAGAUCUUCUUCUGUCUAUGGAUAUUCAACUGGUGGAAGCACUCUGUGGCUUUCAAAAGCCUAUAACAACGUUGGAUAACAGAACUAUUAUUAUUACCUCCCAUCCUGGCCAGGUUGUUGAGCAUGGUGCUAUUAAGUGUGUGUUGAAUGAAGGUAUGCCAAUUUAUCGCAGACCAUAUGAAAAAGGACGUCUGAUCAUAGAAUUCAGGGUCAACUUCCCGGAGAGUGGCUUCCUGUCCUCAGAUAAGCUGUCUUUGCUCGAAAAACUGCUACCUACAAGGCAGGAAAUAGAAGAAACUGAGGAAAUGGAACAGGUGGAUUUAGUGGACUUUGAUCCAUCUCAAAAGAGAAAACACCACUAUAACGGGGAAGUGUAUGAAGAUGAUGAGCAUCAGCCUAAAGGUGGUGUUCAGUGCCAGACAUCGUAAAUGGGCCAGUGAAUAACUUGUGAUGCUUGUUUUGUAUGCAGUAGUGGAUGAGUGAAGGACUACAGACAGUUCACCCUCACCUCCUGCUAUAUGUUGUUCUAUCCAGCCAUAGUUAUUUCUAAAAGCAUAAAGAAAUAAACUAAGUAAUUAAACUGACUUUGCAAUUUGUAUGAAGCUCCAGGAUACAAGCUCCAAUGAAGUUGAUUGCACUUCACCCCUGCCUCUUGGUCCAGAAACUCCCUUACCUGCUUGUCUUUUCUUCCAAACCUUGUAAUUCCUGUAUGUGUGCAAUUGCCCAGGCUUAAACUUUAAGAAUCUGUGGUGUGCUUUUUAGGAAUUCUAGAUCUUAUACUCUGUGAAUAAAGUAUGCACAAGUACUUACAA